UAUAGGCAGCUUGUCAGGAGAGACUUUAUCCUUACUGAGGAGCCCGUAGAAGGUCUGUCAGCAUCUCUGCACUGCUUCUGCUGCUCUUUGUCAACUGAUCGGUCUCCUCCGGCAAUGUUCCGCCUCCUGGUCGUCAUGGCCGCGCUCAGCCAGCUGCCAGGUUCAGCAGCUGAGAUGCACAACAUCAGCAUGUGUCCCCUCCAGUUCUACGGAGAGAGUCAGGACAUGCUAUACACGGACAUCAGCAAUGGCAUGAUCGACCUUUGUUUCGAUGGCAGCAUGGGAAACAAAUGCAUCAGCGUCAUCAACGACACAACGACAUCGCUGACCGUUGAAGUCAACCUACAAGUGGCCAACGCCGGCUCAGCGUUUCACCAAGCCAAGCCAGAACUCGUGGGAACUUCGCCUUGCCAAAUAGUGAUCUUCCUUGUGGACGUCGAUGGCGAGACAACCAUGAAUGUCACCCUCCGCACCUUUGGCGCACAAGCGGUGGUUCGCUUUGACACCGCCGGACGCAUGUUGUACGCCACUACUUAUGUUAACGGCAAGGUUUUGAAUGAAUGGAUGUCCUCCGAUCCUGAAGUCUUUGGCGACUUGAGCGGCUGCACGCAUGAAGGAACUGCGUAUGCAUCUAACACAACAGCCUGUGACGGCGACACCUUGAUCACAUGCAGCAUCGACGCUAUCCUGAUGGUCUCUUAUAACAAUGAAAGCUGCAUAAAAGACGCAAUAUGCACGGUGACAGCGUCCACCAUCAUCGAUCACCAUGGCUACACCGCCUUGGUGGAGGACCACUGCGCUUACACCUUGUUUUCAGACACAGGCUUCCAGGUGUCGGGCCUUUUUAGAGAACGCCGCCGCAAAGAUGUGAUGUUUUUGGACGGAGUCGUCAUCCACCUGGAUGGUCCAGAUGUUGCCAUCUACCUGGGGCAAAGCGGGAAAGUUAAGGUCAACGGUGUAGAGAUGAACGUGACGAAUGAUGCCACAGUGUACGGUGUGGCGUUGUCCAAGGAUGAAGGUGGAGUGUCGGCCUACGUGAACGUGACCAGCAACCACACCCGCGUGUCUUUCGACGGAUACACGGCUCAGAUCUACACGCCUGGGGCCCUGACCACUGCAGGAGAUUACAGGGUGAACAACCUGGAUGGCUUGUGCACCAACGCCACUGUGAACGUAACUGAGAAGAAGGACAGUUCUCACAGCCCCGCCAGCUGUGAGAUGCAGUACAGUGAGCCAGCCGAUGAGUCCAUCAACUGCACCAAAGUGAACGAACAAUGUGAGAUGAUGCGCAUGGGCAGCUUCAGCUCCUGCCACGAGUACCUCGACCCAGAACCGUACAUCGAGGCCUGCAACAACACGCUGUGCCGCUACCCCAACACGGACGGACUCCGAUGCCAGUUCCUGUGGGCCUACGACCAAGCCUGUAGUCUGGUCACACAUUCAACAACGGAACACACAGAGGGCUGGAGGGAGGAGGCUUACUGCCCACAAAAUCACACCUUCUGCAAUCACACACAUUGUGUGGAUCACGAGUUCUGUGCCAGCGGCAUCAACGGUCAAAUCAACUGCUUUUGCCGGGCCAAGUUUGCCUGCGAGUACAGAACCAACCAAACUUUAGGCGGUCCGACAAUCUGCGAGGACAACACGGCGACUCUGGUUCUGCCCAGUUGUCUCCUGGAGGAGAAGGGCUUUGACUACCGUGACCUGCACCUCAAAGAUGACUCGUGCCGAGGCCACAGGGACACGUACCACAUGGUGACCUUCACGUUCAACAGCAGCCGGAAUGCCUGCGGGGCCGUGAUCACGGCCAACGACACCACAGUUCUGUACAUGAACGCUAUCAUCGGCAAGAACACCACCAACAUCGUCUCGCACUUCGACGAGUUCCACAUGAACUUUUCCUGUUACCAGAACCAGCCGGAGCGGCAAAGUUUGACCCUCAGACUUAAAGACAACUCUGUCAUGCAACGUGUGGUUUCCGACUCUUGGGACUACACGCUGAUCAUGAAGGCCUACUUGGACGCUGACCGCCAGCGCCUCGUGCGGCACAACACUGAAAUCCAGCUGAACCAGACCGUCUACAUAGAACUGAAGACGGAAGGGCUGGAUGACGGCGCCGUGGCCUUGGUGACCGACUCCUGCUGGGCCACCAACGGCUCGUAUAGUGACGGGCCUGUGAGACAUGAGCUAAUCACUGACGGAUGUCCCAGCUCUGCCGAUGACACCAUCGAGGUCAACGUCAACGGAGUGGGAGUGUCCAACUUCUUCAACUUCAACAUGUUCCGAUUUGCCGGAGACAACUACGAGCUUUCCCUGCACUGUGACGUCCGCCUGUGUGCCAAGCAGAGUCAGAUCUGCGCCCCGAACUGCAGUGGUCCGAGCAAGAGACGAAGACGCAGGUCUGCCAGGUCGGAAUAUGCUCACAGAAGCGCUGCAAUCAUCAGCAUGACUUGGACCAAUUAGGUUGUUUCCAUGGCGACUUGGACUGACUUCCACGGUGUGGACCUUCCGAACCUUCAUUUUUUAAUGGGAUGACUUUGUAAUGCAGUCGUGCUGGCAAGUAGAAACUAGUCCAGUUUUAACUGGAGCCUUCUGGACCAGCAAAAACAUAGGUUGUUUCUUAAUUUGCACUUUUGUACUCAAUGUAGGCACUUAUGAACCUAUACUUACGGUAUGUCUCAAUUAGCGCACUUAGGUACUUUCAAUUAAACUGUAACUCAAGUUGCGCACUUCGGUACUUACGGUAACGCUACGUCUCAAUUUAGACUUUUGUACUCAAUGUAGGCACUUAUGAACUUAUACUUACGGUAUGUCUCAAUUAGCGCACUUAGGUACUUUCAAUUAAACUGUAACUCAAGUUGCGUAAUCCGGUACUUGCGGUAACGCUACGUCUCAAUUUAGACUUUUGUACUCAAUGUAGGCACUUAUGAACUUAUACUUACGGUAUGUCUCAAUUAGCGCACUUAGGUACUUUCAAUUAAACUGUAACUCAAGUUGCGUACUCCGGUACUUGCGGUAACGCUACGUCUCAAUUUACACUUUUGUACUCAAUGUAGGCACUUAUGAACUUAUACUUACGGUAUGUCUCAAUUAGCGCACUUAGGUACUUUCAAUUAAACUGUAACUCAAGUUGCGGACUUCGGUACUUACGGUAACGCUACGUCUCAAUUUACACUUUUGUACUCAAUUUGUACACUUCUGUACUUACUGUAUACUUCGGCUGUGUCUCAAGUCGCACACUUCUAUGCUCAAUUCACGCACUUAGUACUUACUCUUAGGCCGUGUCUCAAUUUUUAAUUUUCUCCACACAAUUUGCGUACUUCCAUACUUAAGACAAGGCUCCAUCUCAAUUUACACUUUUGUGCUCAGUUUGCACACUUAGGUACUUACACUUUUUGUGACUCAAUUUUCACAUUUCUCAAUUGGAAUACAUCGGUACUUACACUUUGAUAUUGUCUUAAUUGGCAGUUUAACACUCAAUUCAAGAACUUAAACUCACUCGUAGACUUUCUCAAGUCACACUUUUUUAAUCAAUGGAGAGAACUUAUACUUCGGCUAUGUCUCAGUUUACGCACUUCAGUACUUACAGUUAGACUGUGACUCAAGUUGUGCACUACGAUACUUACGAUAAGGCUACAUCUCAAUUUACACGUUCGUACUCAAUUAGCGGAUUUAUGUACUUACAGUCAGGCUGGACUCAAGUCACACACUUCUCUACUCAUUUUGCACACUUCGGUACUUACAAUUAAAUUGUGACUCAAGUUGCGCACUACGAUACUUAAGAUAAGGCUUCAUCUCAAUUUAUACUUUUGUACUUAAUUCGCAUACUUAUGUCCUUACACUUAGGCCGUGUCUUGAUCGGCACGUUAUUACUCAAUCCAAUCGUCAACUGACACUUAGACUGUUUCUCAAUUCGCUCUUUCGCACUCAUUCAAUAUAGGCACUUCGGAACUUAUAUUUCGGCUAUGUCUCAAUUUGCACAUUUCUCUACUCAAUUUGCGCACUUCGGUACUUACAAUUAGACUGCGAUGAGGUGGCGACUUGUCCAGGGUGUACGCCGCCUUCCGCCCUAAUGUAGCUGAGAUAGGCUCCAGCGCCCCCCGCGACCCUGAAAGGGACAAGCGGUAGAAAAUGGAUGGACGGCUGGAAUUAGACUAUACUCAAGAUAAGGCUACGCCUCAAUUUACACUUUUUGUUCUCAAUUCACACGAUUCGAUACUUACCUUAGGGCCAUGUCGUCAUUUGCAUACUUUGACACAAUUUUCAAAUUUCUCCACUCAAUUCGCACACUUUAAUACUCACACUUAGGCCAUGUCUUAAUCUGCAUUUUAGUACUCAAUUCAGGAACUUCAACUUACACUGUUUCUCAAUUCGCAUUUUUGUACUAAAUUAAGGCACUUCCGAACUUAUACUUAGGUUCUAUCUCAAUUUGGACUGUUCGCUAUUUACGAUAAGGCUAUGUCUCAAUUUAGACUUUUGUACUCAAGUCACACUUACACUUAGUUACACUUGGGCAGUGUCUCAGUUCUCACACUUCGCCACUCAAUUCACAAACUUCCGUACUUACACUUGGAUCGUGUCUCAAUUCGCACACUUCUCUACUCAACUCACAAACUUCCGUAUGUACCAAAUCGCACACUUUGGUACGAACAACACAGGCUGCCCCAAUUUGAAUACUUCUAUAUGAACACUUAGACUUCCAUGCUUACUAUGACCUUUUUGAGUUCACGCUAAGAAGUGCAGUGUGUUGCACUUGAAACAGUCAACAUGGCGACUUAAUUGUCCAUUCAUGGAGCCCGCUACCUUUUGUGUCCACAUUGUUGGUGAGCGAAUGACGUGUUUUUAUCAGAUCGCAUCACGCCAUUGUGGAUUUUUGUGUUUUCAACAAAAACAACACCAAAAAACACAUUCAAUUGCUGCCCGAAGGCUGUAACUGUCGAAGUGCAAUGUAUCUUUUUAUCAUAUAUAUACACAUAUCUUAAUGGGAAAUAGGGAAUAUAUAUUGUUAUUUCUGUAUGGUAAUGUUCACACCAGGAAAAUUAUGAAUAAUUUGAAUGUUGAAUAAUCACUUGAAAUAAACGUGCAGUGACAUAAA